AUGCAGCGCACCCUUCAUGCGACUCGCCGAAUAUCUCACGGCGCUUCGCGCUUGGUGAUGGAUGCGGGGUCAAUGGUCUAACGACUACGGCAUGCACGACUACGAGUACACCCCCCCCAACCAAUAGACCAAGCCACCGUAUUCGUACAGACUCCACCAUCCCGAGAGCACGUGCAGAUUAUGGCGCACAGUCAUACGCUAGAGGUCCCGCCCGUCGCGAACGGCAGAGAAACGACCUAACGGGCCGCCGUCCCUUCGAGGGGCAGUUCCGCCAACUCCGAAGUAAAGCCAAAGCCACAAAGUCAGUGCGUGAUGACACGCACACCUCCGAGCUCCUGAAUCUUGUACUUGAAGACCGAGUCCAGGCACGUGAUGAAGAACUUGCCUACCUUGAGGACCCCGAGCUCUCUGCAGUCCGUCAUCGUAGAUGCACCGACAAGAGCAUCCAAACGCGAGACAUCCGAAAACCGGAACAAACAAAGGAAUCGCGCAAAACGGCACGGCAGUGCGAAGUAUAACUUGUUUAA